AAAAUCACGUUUGUCCUAAGUCAAAACUCCAAAAACCCAUUUCUCUCUUCUUUCUUCUUCAUCAUUUCAUCACUCUCUCUUCAAUCCAAACAUGUCUUCCGUUCGUUACGAGAAGGAGAAAGGUGUCAACGUUCAAGUCCUCCUUCGUUGCAGGCCUUUCAGUGAAGACGAACUGCGGAGUAAUGCACCACAAGUUGUUACUUGCUAUGAUUACAAUAGAGAAGUAUCAGUUUCUCAGAAUGUUGCCGGCAAGCAUUUUGAUAGAGUUUUCACCUUUGAUAAGGUCUUUGGUCCUUCUGCGAAGCAAAAAGAUCUAUAUGAUCAAGCUGUAGUUCCAAUAGUAAACGAAGUUUUAGAGGGCUUUAAUUGUACUAUAUUUGCAUAUGGUCAAACUGGUACAGGGAAGACAUACACAAUGGAAGGUGAAUCCAAAAAAACCAAGUGUGGGCCGAAUGGAGAGUUGCCUUCAGAAGCAGGAGUCAUACCUAGGGCUGUUAAGCAGAUUUUUGAUACUCUUGAAGGCCAAAAUGCUGAAUAUAGCGUGAAAGUCACUUUUUUAGAAUUGUAUAAUGAAGAAAUUACUGAUUUGCUUGCGCCAGAGGAACUUUCAAAAGCUUCUUUGGAGGAGAAGCAAAAAAAGCAGCUUCCUCUUAUGGAGGAUGGUAAAGGUGGCGUUCUUGUAAGAGGUUUGGAAGAAGAAAUUGUAACAAGUGCAAGUGAAAUUUUUACUCUGCUGGAAAGAGGGUCUGCCAAACGGCGUACUGCAGAAACUUUAUUGAACAAACAGUCAAGUCGGUCACAUUCUUUGUUUUCAAUUACCAUACACAUCAAGGAAGCAACCCCAGAAGGUGAAGAACUUAUAAAAUGCGGCAAACUAAAUUUAGUGGAUCUAGCAGGUUCAGAAAAUAUUUCUCGUUCUGGUGCUAGAGAGGGUCGUGCAAGAGAAGCGGGUGAAAUCAAUAAGAGUUUACUUACUCUAGGGCGGGUGAUCUCUGCACUUGUGGAGCACCUUGGUCAUAUCCCUUACAGGGAUAGCAAGUUGACGCGUUUAUUGCGUGAUUCACUCGGCGGAAGAACAAAAACAUGUAUCAUAGCAACUGUCUCUCCUGCCGUUCAUUGCUUAGAGGAGACCUUGAGCACAUUGGAUUAUGCACAUAGGGCGAAGAACAUAAGAAAUAAGCCCGAGGUUAACCAAAAACUGAUGAAAACAACUCUAAUCAAGGAUCUCUAUGGUGAAAUUGAGCGUCUUAAGGGAGAGGUUUACGCUGCUCGUGAGAAAAAUGGCAUCUACAUACCAAAGGACAGAUACAUUCAGGAGGAGAAUGAAAAGAAGGCAAUGAGAGAUCAGAUUGAGCAGAUGAAUAUUGCAUUAGACAGUCAUCAGAAGAAACUUGAGGAAUUGCAAAGCAAAUACAAUGACCAAAUUUCGCUGUGCUCACAUUUGAACACAAAACUCGAUGCCACCGAGAAAAACUUGAAGCAGACCAGCAUAAUGCUUGCUAACUCAGAGGAAGAAUUAAAGAAAUGUCGGUAUACUCUGAAAGAGAAAGAUUUUAUCAUUUCUGAGCAGAGGAAAGCAGAAAAUGCUCUUACUCAUCAAGCAUGCAUUUUACGAGCCGAUUUGGAGAAAGCUGUUCAAGAUAAUGCUUCAUUGGUCUUAAAAAUUGGUAGAGAAGAUAAAUUGAACUUAGAUAACAGAGCUGUGGUGAAUAAUUUCCAAGUGGAGCUAACCCAACAAGUUGGUUCUCUUCGUAACACUGUGGCAACAUCAUUGUCUCGACAGAAUGAACACCUUGAAUGUGCGGAGAACCUUUGCCAUUCAUUUAUGGGUAUUCAUGAUAAGGAAGUUGCCGAUUUGAAACAGAAAGUUACAACUCUGAGGGCUUUGUAUAUAUCUCAUGUCGAAGCAAUGCAAAAUGUUGUGCGUUUGCAUAGGUCGGGUUCUGAGGCUAGCUUUCAGGAACUAUCAUCUCUUAUAUCCUCCAAUGGUCACUCCAUUGAAGAAUUUCUUGCAUCCGAAGCCACCAAAGCAGGUUCAAUACUUGAUGAUCUUCAGGCUUCUCUUUCAAAUCAGCAGGGUGAAUUGACACUUUUUGCAAGUGAGCUACGCCAUAGAUUAAGUGCCAAUGCUGAGAAAAUAAAGGAUAUAUCUGAGUUUACUCAUGAGUUCGAGGAUACAAUUUUGAAAGAAGCAAAAAGUCUUGAAAACUUUGCUUCUGCAGCUGAUGAAAUGCAAAUGAAGAGCAUUGCUGAGUUUAAAAAAGCUUAUGAGGAACAAUCAAGAUCUGAUGUAGAGAAACUUAUAGCUGAUAUGACUAGUUUAUUAUCAAAUCACGCUUCUCGUCAAAUUGAUUUGGUAGAUACAAAGCUUGCAGAUCUUAGCAAAAAUGGCAUUGCCAGCAAGUCAUUCGUGGAUGAACAUGUAUCAUCAAUGGGAGAUAUUGUCUCAUGUUCAAAGAGAAAGUGGCACGGCAUAUGCACGCAGGCAGAAAAAGAUGCCAGAGACACUGCCGAAUUUUCUGCUGCUAAACAUUCUUGUAUGGAGGAGCUCCUGCAGAAGAGUAUCAAUACUGCUCAAUCAGCUUUCCGAAAUACAAAGAAGACACAUGAAGUUAUAAAUGAGAUUGGAGCCAAACAUAUCUCAGCAGCAGUGUCACUUAUCAGGUAUGCUACCGAUAGCAAUAUGCAACAUGACAUUGAAAUUAGUUCUGCUCGGAUUACAGCUGAGGAAGAUGUGAUGAAGAACAGUGACGAUGUCCUUCAACAGUUUGAUGAUAUGCAUGUACAAGAGCGAGAUUCUGUAUCUGGUAUGUUGAAUGUUGUCAAAACUCAUGUGAAUACACUUGAGACCUUCAGAGAGGAUCACUCUCGAAUAGCAACUUCAAUUGAAGAAAAAGCAAGUGAAAUUUGUCAGAAACAAUAUAGGGACUAUGAGCCAAGUGGAACUACCCCAAUAAGAUGUGAACUUGAAGUUCCAAGUAGAGCGAUAAUAGAGUCUCUUCGAUCCUUGCCAAUGGAAACUCUUGUCGAAGAAUUCCGGGAAAACAAUUCGAAUGAAUCAUUUGAUAUAAAGGAGUUGAAACCAUCACUAAUACCUCGUUCUCCUCUCAGCCAAGUAAAUGCAACUAAGGGAAGAACAAGGCAUCAGUGAUUAACAAUUGCAUCACUGAUAUGUUUGUAUUUGUAGCGUAGUUAAUAUUAAUUGAUAUAUUACCGUUCAUUUUUUUACUCAAUAUAAUAUUGUUCAUGGUUAGCUGCAGUGUGUAUAUUUUGCAAUAUCUGCAUGUUGCUAAAUUUUGUGCUUUCCCAUCAUUCAUUUGAUAAAAACUACCUUGUAAAGUUUUAAUGAUAUAAAUGAUUUAGUAAGGAGAUUGUCAUUUGGAA